CUUGCGUUUUCCGCCACCAGUUUAGUCGCCUUUCUCCUCUUGCGGCAGUAGCAUAAGACCGAAUCAGCAGUCGAUGCGGUUCCUUUGCGCCGGAUUGAACAUCACUAGCAGCAGGAGCAGCAGCAGUAGCAGAAACCGCGGGAAGUUUGAACCGCGUUCCUAAAACCCGGAUGCCGCGCGGAUAUUAUCGCGUCGCGAAGUGUUCCGCGUUCCAGUGAUUCACCCAUUUACCUCCUUUGGUUUAUUCGUAUUCUAAGGACUCUUCUGAAGCUUCGACACCAUGCUGCUCUACAACGGCGUUCUGAUCUGCUGCUUAUUGGCUGUGGCACUAGUUUCCAGAACCGAAUCCCAGCGAACAUCUCCAAGAAGGAACUCUCGGCAAAGCCGCACUGAAGGAGGCCUCGACUUUGAGUGCCCAGAGGAGUUCGGCUACUAUCCUCAUCCCCAUGACUGCACUCAAUACUACGUUUGCGUCUUUGGUGGUGCCCUUCUGGAAUCGUGUACCGGAGGGUUAAUGUACAGUAACGAAUUGCAAACCUGCGACUGGCCGAGGAAUGUUGGUUGCGUUUCGCAAGGCGGAGAGAGAGACACUGCCGUCAAAGACGUAGAGAGAAUUGAAGAAGAGCCUCACCUGGUGAGGGCUUCGAAGGUCGAAUCUGUACCGCAUCAACGCCACCCACGACCGACUCAACGGCAGCAGGUGGCCACGUCAAAGACCUCUUCGGCCUCUCCACCGGUUACCGAGAGGCAGCUUCGCCAGAGACCGCAGCCUCAGCCAACUUACAGCGAUGAGGAAUACGAGCCAGCAUCCGAAGUCGAGAGCGAUAGACAGCAGAGAGUGUACAGAGGACAACCUUCGACCAUCGGUCAAGUGCAACGAGACAGAGAUGGGCUUCGAAGAAACGUCAUUUCUAACAUGGAAAGGGAAAAGGACAUUCUUUUGGACUCGCGUAAUCAACCGGAAACAUUUUUCAGGCCCAUUCAAACCGAGCCUCCAAGGAUCGUACAAAAAAUUGUUACCACUCCAGUACCGAUUAUCUCAAAGUCCCCCUACUUCAGUGAGCCAGAUCAGAGCUAUCCUUACUACACAAUUUACGAUGACGAUGUUUCACUUUACAAAGAUGAUGUCGACUACAAUCAAUACUCCCUCAAUCAGAGUGAUCACAUUGUUUCCCCAACCCCGAACAUCAGAGUGACAGAAGUGUCAGUUAGCCCUAAAAGCUACACUCAACGACCGAAGAAGGUCGACGUUAAUGACGCGGAUAAGUACAGCGUAAAUCAGGACGUCACGGUCCAGGAUUACGACAUCUACGAUACUCAGGCUGAUCUCAAUAGAAAUAAGUUCCGCAUUUCCGACGGUCAGCAAGUCAUCAGAAAUAACGUGAUCAGUCAGUCUGCUGGAAUCAUCACGACGCCGAAUGUCAUUAUUGAGUCUCAUACGCCCGCUCUCACCACCACCACUACGCCCAUACCAACUACCGAACGUCCAGUUCCCGUCACGGUACCAACCCGCUCACGAGCCCAGGUUAACCGAGGAACAGCACCACCUCGUUCUCGGCCGACGCUAAAACCGUCGACGCAGUUCGUAUCGAAAGCCCAGGAGUUCGUUGACAUAUACAAGAACCUGCCGACCAGACCCGAACCCGUCUAUCCAACACCUCAGGUUGACAAGCCUGCCGCCAAAUGCAGAAAAGACGUCUGUCUUCUUCCUGAUUGCAACUGCGGAGGCCCCGAUAUUCCGGGUGGUUUGCUGCCUGAAGAGAUUCCUCAGCUAGUAAUUUUAACGUUCGACGACGCAGUAAACGAUCUAAACAAACAGUUGUACGCCGAUUUGUUCGAAAAAGAUCGGCUAAAUCCGAACGACUGCCCGAUAUCGGCAACUUUCUAUGUGUCCCAUGAAUGGACAGAUUAUAGCCAAGUACAAAAUCUUUACGCUGCCGGUCACGAGAUGGCGUCGCAUACCGUUUCGCACAGUUUUGGAGAACAAUUCUCUCAUCGAAAAUGGGCUCGUGAAGUGGCCGGACAGCGAGAAAUUCUCGCUGCAUACGGAGGAGUGCGUUUAGACGACAUCAAGGGAAUGCGAGCGCCAUUUUUAUCGGUUGGCGGCAACAACAUGUUCAAAAUGUUAUGGGACAUGAACUUCACCUACGAUUCGUCUAUGCCGAUAUACGAGAACCGUCCGCCCAGCUGGCCGUACACCCUGGACUACAAACUCUUCCACGACUGCAUGAUACCUCCGUGUCCGACUAGGUCGUACCCGGGUCUCUGGGAGGUGCCAAUGGUCAUGUGGCAGGACCUGAACGGCGGAAGGUGCUCGAUGGGCGACGCUUGCAGCAACCCUCCGACGGCCGAUGGCGUUUACAAAAUGCUGAUAAAGAACUUUGAACGACAUUACACGACGAACAGGGCACCUUUCGGUCUGUUUUAUCACGCCGCUUGGUUUACGCAAGCUCAUCACAAGGAAGGAUUCAUUUCUUUCUUGGACACGAUUGUGGCGAUGGACGACGUCUGGCUUGUGACAAACACGCAAGCGAUUGAAUGGGUCAGGAACCCGACGCCGACGACGCAGUUGGCGAACUUUGAACCCUUCCAGUGCAAUCAUCAGGGACGACCGAAGAAGUGCAACAAUCCAAAAGUCUGCAAUUUGUGGCACAAAAGCGGCGUAAGAUACAUGAAGACAUGCCAGCCUUGUCCGGACAUUUAUCCGUGGACCGGAAAGUCCGGAAUACGAAGCAGCCGCAUAGACAACGAAGUCGAAACCCACGAAUGAGCCGGACGUCGCAUAAUCUCAACGAACUUUUGUAAUUCUGAUGGUAAAAAUGAGGGUCUAAAAUCGAUUUGAGGUUGAAUUCCCAAGCUUUCAGUGCGUAUAUUAAUAUGAUAGUAUAUACGUAUGCGUAUACAUUGAAUUUACGUCGAGUGCUCCAAUUAGCAUGCGUAUAAUAAUUGUCAGAUGUAUGAUAACGCGCGUGUUUAAUAUAUAUAAUAAAUAUUCCUCGUAUACUCAUUAGGAUUUAUGUAAUUACAUUAAAUAGCGAAAGCAAACGGUGAAACUUGACAAAUCGAGAGUCCGAUUGCGCAUGCGCGAGUUUUAUCGGAUUUUCAUGCAGGCUAGCCAACACAAACUUCAGCAGUCUCACUCCGCGUUCGAAGGUUAUGUUAAUGCUACGAUUUUUUUUUGGAUAGGGCAGGUCUCGAACGGUGGAUUUACCUAUUCGGGAAUGUAUGAAAAACUUUUAGUAGCAACUGACCGAUGACUGAUUACCACUGCGAGUCAUCGUAACAACGUAAUUUUAACUCGCCACCUGACAACGGAGAAUUCCACAUCUCAUGCUUCGUUUCGCGGAGGUUGGCUGCCCUGCUUGGCUGCCGAUAAUAUUGCCGCCGCACCAACUCGCUAACCAAUGGAAAUCGAAUAUUCU